AUGUUUACAAUGCAACAAGUGGAUUGUGAUGAUUCGGGUGAGUUAUAUGUUGAUGAAUUGACGAACAUUACAGCACCAAAUGACACUCAUAGUUUAAUACGACAAAAACUGGAACAAAUAGUUGUAAAUCAAUGUAAGGACGAAGAUCAACAUCAUUUUGCUGGUGAUGUAUCGAAAAUAAAACAAAAUAAUACAAAAUCACCAUCAACAUUUGCUGUAAGUGAACAAGCAGAUAAAAUACUACGAACAUGGACUAAUGGCUAUUAUUUUAUUGAAAUUUUUGAACCAGACUUUUUUGAAUCAUUCAGUUUUUAUUUUGAUAUUUCUAUUAUUGUAUCAAUCGAAAAUCGCUAUGGUGGUUAUAUUACAGCGGAUGAAUAUCCAGCCUUAGUUUUGUAUCGUGUUAUGUUUGGUAUCUAUGCUAUAUACACCAUUUUAUUUCUUCUUUGGUAUACACUAUUUUGGCGAAAGUUGCACAACAUUCAUUUUUGCAUUGGUGGUAGUAUAUUUUUAUGUAUGAUUCAACAAGCAGCAUAUUUGGUUGAAUAUGAGACUGUUAAUCGACGUGGGUAUCAGAUUACUCUUUUUACAGUUAGUGCUGAACUUUUAUCCUGUUUACAGCGCACUGUACUACGUAUGCUUUAUGUUAUUAUUUCACUUGGUUAUGGUAUAGCUACAAUGCAUAUAGGACCAUUAAAAUUAAAAAUAUUUGUUGUCGGUCUACUUUACUUUAUUGUUUUCAUAAUCGAAGGAUGGGAUCAUUUACAUGUUAAAUUCGGUGAACUAAGUACUAUACAGAUGAUAUCGGGUAUGGUAUUAUUCGUCAUGGAUAUGAAGAUUAUUUCUUGGAUAAUAAAGAGUUUAUCCAUAACAAUAAAAACAUUGCAUUCAAAGAACAAUAUUGAUAAAUUAAAUGUUUAUCGAUAUUUUCAAAAUACAUUAAUAUUUGCUUUAAUUGCAAAUCUAUCCAUGCUUGUUUGGUCAAUUGUAGCUCUAUUUGAUAAUACAUGCACAUCAAAUAUUAAAAGAAAUUGGUUUGAUAUUACAUUUUACACUAUGCCUUAUUCAUUAAUACUUAUUGUCGUCAUGUUUUUAUUUCGACCAAAAAAAGAAGAAGUGGCUGAUCAGAAUGACGAUGAAGAUAAUGAAAUUUGCAUCGCAGACGAUGCCAAACAAUCAUGGGUCGACGACUUCCCCAGAAUGUCUGAAAUGAUUGGAAAAAUGCGUGUUCGUCGUUGUCUUCGUUGUCCUUCUUCUUGUGGUUGUUCUGUUACUGGUCUUUGUUAUUGUGGUUAUGAUCUUCAGAAAUAA